AUGUCAGAAGCCCUGUUGCAUCUGUGUGUGAGAACUUUGGCAGAGACCCGGUGUGUUGUCCAGAGCAUUUGGUGCCAUGAAAGCCUGUCUCAACACAGGAGUUUCACACUAACUCUCCAACUCAAACCGGUCACUAUGUCCCACUUCUCCGCCCUGACCUGCGCGCACAAGUACCACUCCAACUAUGACGAGACCUCCAACUCCUCAGCCCUGAACCGGGUCAUCCUGCUUCACUACAACCACACAGGACGCCUCCACAACCGCACAAUCUCCGGCUCGUCCAGCGGCCUCAGCCUGUCUGUGCUCCUCUUCCUCUCCUUCAGCGUCUUCAUCGUAUUGGAGAACUUGCUGGUUCUUGUCGCGGUCCUUUCUCAGAUCCGCAGGAGUCGACGCUGGGUGUAUGUGUGCAUUGCCAACAUCACGCUGUCCGACUUGCUCACUGGGGCUGCCUACUUAGUCAACAUCUGCCUGUCGGGUUUCCAGACCUUCCGACUAACCCCUGCCAUGUGGCUAUUCCGCGAGGGGAUGCUUUUUGUGGCCCUAGCAGCGUCUAUAUUCAGUCUUUUGCUUAUUGCUGUUGAGCGAUACACUACUAUGAUGAAGCCCCUGCCACAAAAGUCCACCAGGACAUCCUACUACCGUAUCUAUGGACUGGUGGUCCUCUGCUGGCUCCUGGCUUUGGUCAUAGGCUUUCUUCCUCUGCUUGGGUGGAACUGUGUUUGCAGUCUGGACAAAUGCUCCACUCUCCUCCCACUCUAUUCCAAAUCAUACAUCUUAUUCUCACUCAUCAUCUUCUUCCUCAUCCUCCUGGCAAUCGGAGUGCUGUACAGUGCCAUCUACUGCAGUGUUCACAAAACUGCCCAGCUGAACCCCCAAAGAAGUCGAAAGCGCUCCAUAGCUUUGUUAAAGACUGUAAUCAUAAUUGUUGGGGUGUUCUUGCUCUGCUGGGGGCCACUCUUCCUGCUUCUUCUUGUGGAUUUCUUUUGCGAAUCUCGCCAAUGUGCUCUGCUCUUCAGCGCUGACUUUUUCAUCUCUCUGGCUGUAUUGAACUCGGCCCUUAAUCCCAUUAUUUAUGCACUGGGCAGCAGUGACAUGAGGAGAGCCAUGGCUGAGCUGCUGUGCUGCUGCUGUCUGAAGAUGGGUUUUUGUAAUGCAGAGCAGUUCACAUCCAAAGACACCAGCAGCACAUCUGAGAGCAGAAGGGACAGUCUGAGGAACAGUUUCAGCAAGAUUAGGAAUCUCAGUGUGGUGUCUCCUCUAACUUCUCCCACAAAGACUAAAAAGAAGGGCCGAAAGGGAAGGCGGAGCUCCACCACCACCUGCCUGUCAGUUUCAAGUGGUUAG